GUUUGGGGGCUUCAGAGAGAUUGCCCAUUGCUCUAGAAGUGGUCCUACAGCUGGUGUGUAUGUGUUUCACCUUUGUUAUUUUAAUGUUUUCAUCGAAGAGGAAUAAGGAAGCCGGAGGGAUGACAUCGCAGAUAAAUAAUGCAGUUUGUGCAGAAGCGGGCUCAGAGGCGGCGAUGAUUGCUGAGCCGCCAAAGAAGAGACAGAGAACAGUGGAGGACUUCAAUCAAUUCUGCACAUUCGUGUUAGCAUAUGCAGGCUACAUCCCAUACCCAAAGGAGCAUGACCCUUGGAUCCAUGCAAGUCUGAGUCCUCGGAACAGCACUGGAAGCACGCUGGACAGUGAUAGCUGGGAGUCUUCCCGCUCUUCUGACUCCCAUGUUCUACAUUAUGGCAAAAAAAUAAAAUGCAUGGUCGACAAAGAAGUAAUGAAGCGGGGAAAGUCAGACAGUCUGUUGCUGGAGCGGCCAAAUUUCACCAAUACCUUGUUCGAGAGUCCAGAGAAAACAAAAUCGGAGAAAGUGAAGAAGAAGAAGAUUUCUUUGAAGAAAUUAAGUCUUGACGGGGUGAGGAAGAAGAAGAGUUCUGAAAGUGUGAAGAGGAUCAAUUUGGAAAAUGGUAGGAAGACUAUGUCCCAGCCACCAGCUGAGAUCACUAGACCAAUAGAGGUCCGACAGAUGAUUGAAAAGGUGCCACAGAGUGAGACUGAGUCAGAGGAGGAGACACUUAAUAAAUCUCACGAAACUAAAGAGAUCAGCAAACAGACUUUGCUGCUGGAAGAGUUUGAAAGAGAGGCUGCAGAUGCAGAAAGAUCUUUGGUGAUUGAGCAGUUCAAAGGAUUGCAGAAAGAUCAGGAAGAAAAGCAUGAAGCAAUUGAAAAGAAGGAAGAUCGGAAGGAAGGGGAAAAUGAGAAGCAAGUGGAGAAGUGCAGCAAAGAUCUGGAAGCAAGUGUAACAGAUGAAAUCACAGUGGGCUCAGGUCCUACUCCUAACACAGACACAGUCUCCACAGAAAACCUCAAGAUUGAAGAUGAUGACUCAUGGGACCUGAUUACCUGCUUCUGUAUGAAGCCUUUUGCUGGUAGGCCAAUGAUUGAGUGCAACGAGUGUGGGACCUGGAUUCAUCUCUCUUGUGCUAAGAUCAGGAAAUCGAAUGUUCCCGAGGUUUUCAUCUGCCAGAAGUGUAAGGACUCAAAGCAGGACAUUAGGAGGUCCAAUCGAGCUCGAACCGGGCCCAAGAAACGCUUCAGCGAAUGACUAAUCAGAGACCUGAUGGUUCUGACAAGUCAUAGAGACAAUCAUGCACAAUGGGAAAAGGAAAAGGUGUAUUGAGAACUUUGUGGGACCAACUCUGCCCUGUCUGGUCAGGCAUUGAUCAUUUGCCAUCUUGAAAAAAACUCAAAGGUGCAGGAUUCACCGUAUGUUGAAUGUGUAUAUAAUCCAAGUCCUGGAGCGCUCGACCUCUUCUCAGUCAUCCAAUCUCUCUGCAAUUUUUCUUUUGGCAGUAAUCCCAUUGAAGUCUGCAACCUAGAGACUGGACCAAAACAGUUCCCUAUUCUGCACUCUCCUAUUUAAAGUAGAUCUGUGAUUAUGAAGCAGGACUUCUAAGUCAAGAGAUGCCAGGAAAUACCAUGGAUUAUCUGUUACUAUUAGUGUUGACUAUGCCCAUUGUCAUUGGAACAAGGGACAAUGUGAAUUUUUGGUACUUUGCAGAGGACUGCCAGUUGAAUGAGGUUGUGUAUUUGUGCUGGGGAGGAGCAGGGUUGGAGGACUAAGACAUGGCCUCUCUGUCAUAGCAAUGCAAUUUGAUUUUGUAUGUCAAGCAUAAACAUAGUAGAGGGGCCUCUUCUCAACUUUGGUUAAAGCACCUUAAUUAGAGAUUAAGGUGAUUGCAUGAGUAGGCUGAGGCCUUGAGUUUGAGAAGUCGCUAUGCAAAGUUCUAGGUGUUGGGUUCCAUUAAUAUCUUCUGCAAACCUUUUAGAAAAGUGUGUUGUUCAACAGAACAGUUUGUUCUUAUUCUGUUUCAUAUUCAAAAAAAAGUGCAAUUAUGAUUGGAUAUUUGUUUCCCAUAAACAAAGGUUAAUUUCUGUUAAUCAGGAAUUGAUUCUGAUACCUUUGGUUUCUAGGCGGCUGUUUGUGGAGGCUUCCAUCUCAAGGUUCCUCUUCCCCACAAAUUCCCAAUCAUCAAAAAAAAGGGAGCAAUAUUGAGCCAUGCUGGCAUAUUUGAUUCUUAGCAUCACUAGUUUAAUGGCAGGAGGAGUCAGCCAGGGUACCCAAUUCUUUUAAAACAAAAAAAAAUUCCCAUUGUGGAUGGCAGACAAAAGCUGUAUGUCAGUUCCUCUGCAGUGGUAAGUCUGUUCCUGCUUGGGGUAUAGAUUCUUAUUUUGCCACUGGUGUGGACUAUCUAAGGAUCUAACAUUGCAGUCAGGCAUGAGUUAGUGUCUGGAUCAGUGGUCCCAGCCCACAACAUUUGUUGAACUCUUGAUAAUGUGAUGAGACACAGACCUUGGAGUUUACACCACAAACCUUGAUCAGCAUAGUUCAGUUAUAAGCUGCCUUAAUAACGAACACGUAAAGCAAUCUCCAUCUUUCUUCACACCUCUAACAGUGAACUAAUAUGAAAUAUCCAAGGCCACGUGAACACCAUUAACACCCACACCAGUUAGAGAUUCCAUCUUUCCAAACUUCAGUCAUUGCUGUACAAAGCACUUUAAGCUGCAUAACACAGUACAGUUGAGUACGGGUCCCUCACUGGAUUGGCAAAUUUUUAAAACUGUUAAUGCAGCUCUGUCUCUUUUGAAGGUACUAACUGUUUAUGCUGGAGACUUUCUUUCAUGCAUAAGUGUUAUGUGCAUUUUAUUAUAGACCAAAAUCAUUCCUCUUAAAAACAUGCAAUGCUCAACACCUGAGGAACCAACAUCGACCAGCUGUUGAGAUUGACUACUGGAUACUGAUCCUUUACUCAUCCAGUGUGCUGAAUUUUGGAAGGGUUUUCUGUAGUGUGCAGACUUCAGUGAGCAGGGAAGUUUCACCCUUGGAAACUGAUUGAUUGAUUGUUUUAGCGUGACUGCUGGAAUUCUAUCCUUGUCGUAUUUUGAUUUAAGAUGUCUUUGUUUUUGGGUAUCGGGUUAUCUGCAAAGCUCUGUUGCACAAAUUACAGAGUUGGAACUUUGAACUUUUGCCUACAAAUGAAUCCCAUAAAACUAAAUGAUUUAGUUGGAAUUAUUCUGGUUUUAGUGUAGCCAGGAGAGAAUAGAUGAGAAAGUUUCAGAUAUUUCUGGGUAAGAAUCAGGGAUGUGGAAUUAGUUUGACCUAACAGAUUUUUUUAAUGAAGUUUUCUGUUUUUAGAAACUUUUUUUCUUUUAAAAGGGAUGGUCAGAGUGAAGGGAUUUUCCUAAGGUGAGUUGAUAGUACUCAAUCCAGCGAGACUCUUAGCCUGUGCUGAGGUGGUUAAUUUCUUAUUCUCAUUAGGUAAUGGGUGCAGAAUUGAUUUCUGGUGCCCCGAGUUAACACUGGCCCCUGCCCCAACACCACCACCCUCCCACAACCAUCCCAAUAGCCCCUUCCCUCGAGGCUGCACUUGCGCCAUUUUUUUGACCGUGAAGGGGAGGAGGGGAAGUGUAUUGAGAUUGGUGGGGAAGAACAGGAGGAGUCCAGGUGGAAAACUGAACAGCACAGGAGGAGUAGCUAGAAGCUGGGAUUUGGAUGUAGUCACUAUCCCUUUAUUAGAAGCAUGGAUGUUUUUUAAACUAUAAAAAGAUUACACCCAGGUCAUGGUAUUUGGCCCAGUGCCAAAAUUUGCCAUAUAUUCUGUUUGUAAAUACACCAGAAAUUAAUCUGUAAAUAAUCCUGUUUAAGAAGCAAUGGAAGAUAGGAUGGGAUGCUGGCAUUGAGAUUUCUUGGGAUAUGGUGUAAAUUGCACUAAACCUUUCACCAUGAGAAUCAACAGAGGGGGUCAGCCCUCAAACUUGUGUUAUUUUGUACAAAUGUAAGAUAAUCGAAACCUGCAUUUAUAAAGUGCAGGCUAUGUUUAAGAUGUACCUGCUCAUUCCUUAAGACCAGUUUUCUGUGGGAAUGAUUUGUAUUUUCUGUAAGUAUCACUUUUUGAAUUGUUUGAUGCAGUUGGUAAGGGAUUAGGAGAGCAGGGAAUAACUUUAAAAUGUCCCUCUGCCUCCUUUCAGUGCAGGCAUCACAGCCAAGUCUCAAGCAUGGACAUUAACCUGAUGCCCUUAUGAUUGUUGGGCAACAAUCUACCACUGCAUCACCACAUUGACUGGUUUUAUACUCCUGGCAGGUAAAAUAAAAUCUACGUUGAAUAUA